UUCAACUAACGGUGCCCGUAGCGUUUCUUAUCGCGCCACUAUUAUUACCCUAUGGAUGAUUAUACCUUUUCAGGUACAUUUUUUUGUACGGUGCUGGUCAAGGGUUUUCCGACGAUUUCACACUCUCCAUCUGACAGCAGCGGGAUGCACGUCGUUUAACCCCGGUCAGCGGCACAUGGGAUACCGUCACCAGCGUAUUUCGCUAAAAUGCCGAGAUAGUCGACAAAUCGGGAAACGAUAUCUUGAACAGACCAAAGCUGCCCGCCAGUACAAGCAGUAAACAGCAGUGAUGAGCCGCCGAAUUUUUUCUAUGCAAAGCGCCAACACUUAGGUAGAUCUGAGAAGAGCGGUAGGAGACGAUCCGUGAACGCUUUUAUAGAGAAUAUUAUAAAUAGCCGUCUCUAGCAAAAACUCAAUAAUGCUAGUAUCCUCCACCGGAGACGCUUUGAUCACGCGACAAGUGAACGAACUCACUAAUGAAACUUUCAGCAAUCGCAUACGUUUAUAAUAGGAGUAUUUGUUUAUCUAUCGUAGAUGAAAGAGUUGAUAACACAAAUGCUGAUGCCGUAGGUAUCCAGGCUAAGUGGAAGGCUGACGCCUGUGACAGCUGCGGUGCGGAGCCGGUGUUACGUUUCUAAAAACCCAGCAGUAAUACAUGUUUUUCGUCAUUUACGUUCGGUGUUUAAACACUUCAGACGGCUCGUUUCCAGCACGAGACAGUGCCUCUACAUACGUCCGGAUUCGGACCUCGGGAUGAUAAGCAUGUAGGCCGAUAACAAGUGACCAGUUCGUGACUCUGUAAUUGAAACGGUGAAAGAUCUCUCGCGCGCGGCUGGAGGCAGCCGUCACACUCUCUCUUACAAAUGCGAUGGCGCACCAACAGCAGCGGCUGCAACAAGAGACUGGUGUUGAAUCAAUUGCAGAAGUCUUCCGAUGUGUGAUAUGUAUGGAAAAACUACGGGAUGCCCAUUUGUGCCCGCACUGUUCCAAAUUGUGCUGCUUCGUCUGUAUUCGUCGUUGGUUAACCGAACAGAGGCCGCAGUGUCCCCAUUGUCGAGCUACACUUCACCUCAACGAUCUAGUCAACUGUCGAUGGGCCGAGGAAGUGACCCAACAAUUAGAUAGCCUACAGCUAUCUGGCCCCGCGCAUGCAGUAUCCUCCUCAUCGAACUCUGUUGCCAAACCGUUGGAAAAGGUCGGUAAUGAUGCAGGAUCGUGUCGAUCGGACGACUCGUGUCGAACUCACAAUGAGAAGCUGUCUGUGUUUUGUUGGAAUUGUAGUAUAUGCAUUUGUCAUCAGUGCGCACUCUGGGAAAUAGGCCAUCAAGGUCACGAAUUCCGGCCUAUUGAACAAGUUUACGCUAACCACGUUACGCAAGUCAAAGACGAAAUGACUUCGAUACGUCGGCGGCUUCACGAGCUGCACGUCAUGCGGCAGGAGGUGGAGCGUAACGUGGCGGCAGUCCACGCGGCCAAAUAUGAGCGCGUACACGAAAUUCGAACUGCGGUGGAGCAGAUGAUCCAACGUCUCGAUACGCAACUUAAGACUAAGCAGCGUUUUCUUACUCAACAAAGUGCUUUGAUUAGCAAAGAAACGGAACACCUCGAGCACGUCGUGCAAAGUGUUGAGAGAAAGCUUCAACAGAGUCCAAAGAGUGAGCUUAUACGGCAUACGCAGGAUCUACUGAAGUUGAUCAGUGACACGCAAGCGAAGCAAAUAGCUCGAGCACCCAGUCCUGUGCACGCCGACUUUUUGUCUGAGAUUGUUCCGCCGUAUGACUCAAGCCUCUUUUGCAUUCGUAGUUACUCUUGGCUCAAGUUGAGGGGCGACCCUGUCUACUCGAAUCCGCUCACCGUUGGUGGGCUUACUUGGCGCCUCAAGGUAUACCCAGAUGGCAAUGGUGUGGUACGCGGCAAUUAUCUAUCCGUCUUCCUGGAGCUGUCAUCCGGUUUUAUCGAGAAAUCAAAGUAUGAGUACCGCGUUGAAAUGGUGCAUAAAACUGAUGCGAAUAAGAAUAUUGUCCGGGAAUUUAGUUCUGAAUUUGAAGUAGAGGAAUGUUGGGGCUACAACCGUUUCUAUCGACUUGAUUUGCUCGCCGCUGAAGGAUACCUUAACCCUGAGAACGAUUCUCUUAUGCUCAGGUUCCACGUGCGUCCCCCUUCCUUUUUCCAAAAGUGCCGUGAUCAACAAUGGUAUAUAAACCAACUCGAGCAGCUACAUAGCCAACGGACUCAUCCAAUGUCCGCUGUAUUGUCACCUCUCGAAGGAUCCCAGGUACCGACGUUAGUAUCAUCAACAUCAAAUGUAAGCGGGCAUCACCAUGGUGAACUGCACACUUGUGGAACUUCGUCACCUCCUAGCAGUAGUAGCGCUACCGAGCUGACUACAGAUGAAGGUGGUACGCCCGCAAGUCCACCAUUACCGAUGGCUAUUAGAUCAUCUCUCGCAACAGCUUCAGUCGAUCGCAAAGGAGAAGGCCGUGAUACCGAUGUUGCGGUCGUUAUUGCGAACGAAACGCAGAGUCAUGCGCGACAUUCUUCUCCGACGCUGAUCAUAGCAUCACUGGGCUGGGGCAUCCCGAAGGACACGCCCUGGCCGCUACAGGUGGCAAUGCUCCAACGGUUGGCGGGGCAACUCGUUAAGGUACUGACGAGAGUAUUUUCCAUCAGCUACUCGAGGCGCAUAGAAAUGGACAAAUGUCACCUCCGCCAAGCGCUGCGGCUGACGAUCAGCCCUCUCAGCGACGUCAAAGACUAAUAUUAUUCUAGUAAUGAGAAGCCUCUCUUGAAACUACCGCCUCCUGACCAUGUAUCUGACGCAAGACAGAAUUAUCAAUUAUAAUAAAACCAUCAUGAGCCGAGUGAGUAUAAGCCAUGAAAAUUAUAUGGUUUGUAAAGAAUACAGUUUCCUAAAAACACUACUGAUACAUUUUUCGUUUUUCGCCUAUUCAUAGUAAAGAGUUUACCAUCUGUGAGGCUACUCCGACGCUCUGCUUCCGGAUCGUGUUAGCCCACUCGACCUUUACCGUUAACUCGGGCGUCGAUGUCUGAACUAUCAUUGCCGUCGUCAGCUCGUUAUUUGCCUGCCGGCGAUGGUGACUAUCCACUUCAGCGUUACUAGAGAAGAGCUUUAUAUAGGUACGCAGAAGAAGCACAGGACAUGAAAUUGUAUAUGGACUGCUACGAAAUGCCUGGAUAACCAACUCAACGAGGUUCCACUUUAAGAAAAUUCAGCUUCGCCUUAAUAUUUGAUUUUAUUAACUUGUGAAUAUUUAACUAAGUAGUAGUAUUGCCAUGUUACCAUGAUGUAGAAAUAUGGUUCCGGGGGCUUUGAGUUUUAAGGAGGUGCCUUAAAAGCAUCAUGGUAGUUUAAAUAAUUCAGUGGCCAUAUAAAUCCUAUUCCGGCGUACCUAAAGUGGUUAUGAUACGAUUGGGAUGUGUAAUUUUGUAGAGAAUUUCUAUAGAAAGUUAGACAUAAUUGAUUUUAAAAUUCAUGACCUUCAGCCAGUCGCCUAAUGCAUAUGGGUUCAGUAAAACCUGGAGGAUACUCACUUUAUUAUUGUUAUAUAAAAGUAUAAUUAUUUUAGAAUGUUGUCGUUUAAUUAUUCCCGAUGCUAAUCAGACAGGCUGCAUUUUUUGCGGUCUUACAUCUGUCAGUAACCGUUAAUGGUAGCCUGGAUAUUACUGAAAUGCAGACUACCCAUUUAUAUAUAUAUAUAUAUAUAUAUAUAUAUAUAGAUCCUUCUCUGGAGUAUAAGUUAGCGAUGUAGCAGGCUCUAAAUUACUGGGAAUCGAUAACAUUUUACGGAAUUAAAGUCAUUGCUUAUCAAAGGGCGUAUUGCCGUCGUUGGAAUAUUUCGUCCUUGAAGGUUUUCUGUGAAUCGAACUGCUUCUAUAACAUCGGGAGGAUAAUCUCUAUUUCUGCAACCCUGAUCUUAUCCUUAGCAGCCUCCUUAGUCUGUACCAAAAAAAAAAAACGAGGCUCAUUAAAUUCGAUUCAAAUAAUUUUAUUUGUUUCACAGAUCUGUAGAAGAUACUUUUUAUUGCACAUUCGAUUUGUAUUUGAGGCUAUUAAAACGUAACUAUUUUUAAAAAGAGUUAACAUAUAAUAUAUUUGCGGUCAUCUAAUACCAUAUUAUAUGUUAGAAGUAUAUUACAAUAGAGUUUUUGACGAGAACAAUACAUCGUUGUAUGUAUGAAUAUAUCUAUUUUCAUUAAAGAACUUUUCUAGAAUACUUGGCAGUGAUUAGUAAAACGGGUGAAUCUCAGAGCGUUAUAAGUCGUAUAGUCAGUCAUGCGUGCUGCGGCACCCCUGCGCCUCUAACUAAUUCAUAUGUGCUGUACGCGUGCGGACCAACGGUAUAGACAAAAGUAGCGAUUAACAAAGUCCAUUGCUUUUUCCGUCAUUUGCAUAUAUGCACGAGGCUAUGGCUAGAAUAGGAGACGAGCAAAUAGCCGCCAAAACAUUUUUGUCAAUUAGCUAUUGUUCUCUAUGGGCCUGUAUAUUAUUACAGGUUUGAUAUUGUAGCUAAUGACACGAGGUAAAGUUAACAUAACGAGACUGUGUUUGGGUUGGAUUAUACCGCGUACGCGAAUCAUGUCAGUGAAUACGGCAAUGGUUCCAUCUUCUACCGGUUGUUGCUGACCGUCGAUCGAAAUUUUCGUUGACCACGCCAGUCCCAACGCCAUGUCCCGACGCACGUAUGGAACAAUUUGUAUAAUUAAAAUGGCUUCAAUCCAAAAGGGAAGCGUCUUAGUAAAAGCAGGAUAUUUUCGAGUUCAGGUGUUGUAUUUAAGGAGCAGACACACGGGCCACUUUUUAUACAAGCUGCUUCUAAAUACCAAAUAAUAACGUUAUUAAUAAUGUGCACGUGAUCACUGUUAUGCCAAACAGGUGGAAUACUAAUGAAACCUAAGACAAAGAAGCUAGUUUUUAUGUAAAAUACUAGAUGUCUUUCUAACCAUGUAUUGAUGGUUUGUUGCAUAGAUGUAUGGUGUGGAACACUUAACAGGGACAUUUCGGCAGUAUUCGACUAUAGGGGGUCAGUAAAACGCAAGCCGCAAGUUAUUAAUUAAUAUCGAUAAUGAUGCUAAUUUAUGAAAACAGUGAAACCCAUAUUCUAUAAUACUGAUAUAACAUAAUACAUUCGCUUAUUGUAGAUCGUAUAAUUAGUUACACUCGUAGUUCUAUGUUGUACAUAAACGGAUGAUAAACUAUUACAAUUGUUAUCUAUGCGAAUUUAGUCAAUGUUAAAUUAUGAACGGCGGUAAUGAUAAAUUAUCUAUGGACCCUUCCUGUGCUUGAUUUCAGGCACAGGAAGGGUCCAUAGAUUUCAGGCUUACAGUCGAACAAAUACUUUGUUUCUGUAGAACCUGUAGAACACUUAAACUUGGUUUGCCAAACACGCAAACUAGCCAAGGCAAUGGAUUCAAGGAACAACUAAAACAGAUUAUUAGCGAAUUGAAUUUCGAAAGUUAUAUUAAUCAUAGUUAAAAAAAGUUAAAAAGUUCAUAAAUACUUUAUAUCAAUGUGAUGCCCUAACAUGUUCAGCUUUGCGUGAAAUAUUGAGCAAAAAAUCAUACAUCAAGAAUACGAAUCCCUAUCCCUAUACGAAACACAAUUAAACAAUAAAAACAAGUAAUUUAUUCGAGAUCGUUCAUGUUAAAAAGUUUUUCGUCCAUGUAACACCUCUAAAGCAAUCUUAGUUGGUGACGUCGUGACAUAUAACCAUAAAUAAUCGUUAGGUAAAAAAAUAUUCUUAUUAGUCUUUCCUAGAAAAAAAAUAAGCUCCAAAUUGAAGAAGCUCAGGCGGUAAGGUAUAUACCGUGCAACAGUACUACUAUAGAUUUAAAUACGAAAUCAUGCUACAUUAGUCUAUAUUGCGUAACGCAUUUUACAAAGGGCUACUUUGAAAAAAUUGUUUUCCAUUAAGAACAAAAAAAUA